UUCAAAGUUCCUGAAAUUUUUGGUACCCCAAAAACCAUGCCUUCAACCAAUGUGAGACGCAAUGUCUUAGAGAGAAACAGUAGUCUUAGAGAAAGAGAGAAACCAAACAACCCCAUAUUAUCCAAACACCUCCAAAAGGUCUACCCAAGUGCUAUUCACGUGUGCAGUUCAUCAGCAUCAUUCUCAUCCCUAUCUCUAUCCUUGGAUUCCAUUGAUUCUUCAAUCAACGGUUCGAUUUGCCUGUGGGACCAGAAGGUUGCGGUUUCUACGGAUGGGACUGCUGGGCCAUUUGAGAGAAGGGAGGUUAGCCAGGUCGAAGUUGCUGACGUUGAGAAGGUGAGCUUGGAUUCUAGAGAUGGGAGCUUAAAGAGGUGCAGUUGGAUUACGAAGGGUAGUGAUCAGGUCUAUGUUCUGUUCCAUGAUGAGCGGUGGGGCGUCCCUGUUUAUGAUGACAAUGAGUUGUUCGAGCUUCUUGCAUUAUCCGGCAUGUUGAUGGAUUACAAUUGGACAGAAAUUCUCAGCCGAAGGGAGUUAUAUAGAGAGGCUUUUGCAAGAUUCGACGUUGAUGUUGUUGCUAAGAUGGGGGAGAAAGAGAUUAUUGAGAUCAGCUCCAACAAGAAGCUCAUGUUAGCAGAGAGCAGGGUGAGGUGCAUUGUAGACAAUGCCAGAUGCAUACUAAAGAUUGUGAAGGAAUUCGGAUCUUUCAGUAGCUAUCUAUGGGCCUAUGUGAAUUACAAACCCAUGAUCAAUGGAUACAGGUACCCCAGAAAUGUUCCUUUGAGGAGCCCAAAAUCAGAGGCUAUAAGCAAGGAUCUACUCAGGAGAGGGUUCAGAUUCGUGGGCCCCGUCAUCAUUUAUUCAUUCAUGCAGGCUGCAGGGAUGACCGUUGAUCACCUUGUCCACUGCUUUAGGUUCAAUGAAUGUGUGGCCCUUGCUGAGAGAUCAUAGGGACAGUGUUAACUACUAUAUCAGUUUUCAAAGAGCAGUUAUAGGAUCUUGUUGUAUUAGUACUUAAUGGGCCUUUUGUAGAAGUGGGGCCCAUGGUUUGGUGAUCCAGAUAGGUGUGUGAUGGCCCAUAUAAUCUCUCACAUUGGAAGAUCCUAACCCUUCAUUUGGUGGCCCUGCCAUCGUAUACUUCCUGAAGAUUUUAAGUUUUUAUUGAGUUUGGAAAUAGGUUUUUGUGAUUUCUUUGGUAGAGAUUGUAUUUUAAGGUGUUUUCUCAUAACAGGUCUUUGUAACUUAAUGGUUGAAUUUAUUU